AUGAAUGCUAAAAAAGAAUUCAGGAAAAGAAAAACUAGGAAUGCUUCAACGUGUAGAUUUGAUUAUGACAGCUGGAAGAAAGAUGUCACUAGUAAAAUUGAUUUUCAACUUAAUGAUGCUCAUAUAGAAAGAGAUCCUGAUAAAAGAAGAGGAAUUUGUGAAAAAUUCAAUGCCUAUGCAGAUGAAAAAAAACAAGAGUUAAUAGACGAAAAAUGUAAGUUACUGGAUGCUCAAGGAGAGUCUACAUCCAAAUGUAGUGACGAGUGGUCUCAAAUUGAAGCACAUAUAAUUGACAAAAUAAAAGAGAAACCCGGACACCCAUGUAACAGAACUUCUAGUAAUUACACAAAAAAAAAAAGUGAUAAAAAUGGGAAAAAAAAUAGCAAGAGUGAUGAAUGUUUAAGACAUAGUCAAUCGAGUAUAAGUAAUAGAAAUGGAAAGACUGAAGCUCUUUUAAUUUCUAACAAUUUAAGUACCACUGUCCUCAAGCCUACAAUAUCUGCAAACACAAGCACGGAUUCACAGAAUCACAAACCCCUACCUUUGAGUGCACCUAAAUCUACACCCUCAUCUUUACCAGAUAAUUCACCUAUAUCUGCAUCAACUUCUGCAAAUAUAUUAGUGUCUACAUCAGCACCUGUAUCUGCACCUACUACUAUUAUUCCUACUUCCAAUGAUUCUAUUUUGUCUAAAAGUAAUGAUAGCUCUAAUAUGACUGUAGGUUACACACAUAAUAAUAUGUUAAAUAGUACAACUAACAUUUUACUUACUUCGUCUUCACCUAUUCAAAAUAUUGAUAAUAAAAAUAUAUCCCCAACUAAUUCUAUCACAGUUAAGCCUACAGUAACUACACCUUCUAUUAUAACUACAUCUGCUAUUAUUCCUAUUUCAAUUGGAUUUGGAUCAUUUUUUGGAAUUCUUAUCCUUUUGAUCUUUUUAUAUAAAUGUACUCCUAUUGGACCAUGGCUUGGUAACCGAAAAUCAAAGAAAAAAAAAAAACAGAAAAAAAAGAAAAAAUUACAAAUAUAUAGGAUGUCAAGGUCUCUAGGAUUUCCUUAUGAAAAAUCAGAAAGUAAUAGGAAAAACCUUGAAGCAUGUAAUAAGACAAAUAACUUUAUAUGUGAAAUUAUAUUAGAAAAAGAAAUUAAUGUAAAUGAAAGAUAUGAAGAAGAAGAAUUAAAAGAAAAUGAAAAUGAAGAAAAGAGAGAAAGAAAAGAAAGAGAAAAAGAACAUAAUGAAAGAUAUAUAGAAACAAAAAGAAAUAUUGUAGCAACAAGGAAAAAGUGGAAAUGGAAGGCUGUAAUUGAGAUACAUAUGAUGAUGUUAGAGGAAUGUCAAAAAGAGGAAUGGGAAUUGAAUAGAAGAGAAUUUCUAAAAAUUUGUUUGGAAGAAUUUCAAGAAGAAGAAGGUGUAUAUUAUAAUGUAAUUAAUAGGGACUUAAUAAUGGAAACAUAUCAAGAAGAAAUUACUAAUAUUUUUUUGGAACAAAAGCCUUUAUGGAAAAUAUGGGUAGAAUGGAAUGAUAAGUUAAUAGAGAAAUGGAAAAAAGAACAGUGGUUUAAAAAUUUAAAGAAAAAAUGGAAAAAAGAGGUAAAUAAAUCUGUAGAAUUAAUGAAAAAAGAGGAGAUGAUAGAAGAUACAACAAAGGGAACAAUUAACCCUAUGCUAGAGAGACAAAAAAUAAUAUGGAAGAAGUGGAUACAAAAGCAAAAUAGGUUACAUACUUUUGAUGAAGAAAAAUUGUUAAAACAGUUAGUAGAACAUGCAAAAGAAGAAGAAAUGAAAAAAAAUAUGGAAACAAUAGAUAGAGAAAAAACAAUAAUAGAUAUAGAAGAAAAGGAUAAAGCAUUUAAGGAUUCAAACAAAAAUGAAUUAGUAUCGAGAUUAAAGAUAGAGAUACACAUGAUGGUAUUAGACGAAUGGAAAAAAGAAGAGUGGAUAUUAAACAAAAAAGAAUUUCUGAAAACAUGCAUAGAAGAGUUGAAAAUACAGAAUAAUUCAGAUGAAAUAACAGAAAUUUUAGAAAUAGAAGAAAUAAUAAAAGAUAUUACAUUAGAAAAAAAAAAAGAUGAGUUAGAAAAAAUGAAGAAGGAAAAAUAUUUUAUUGAAUUAAAGCAAGAAUGGAAAAACAAAGAAAAGAAAUAUAUGGAAAAAUUAAAUAAAGAGAACCUAUCAGGAAAUAAUGAAGAAAUAAUUGAAAAUCCUAUGUUACGAAAGCAAAUGAUUAUAUGGAAGAAACAUUGGGAAGAAAUGCGCAAGAAGUUAAAGAAUGAAAAUAAAAAUGAAUCCUUUAUAAUGCUUAUGGACGAGUACAACAAAGAAGUCAUUAGAAAAGAAGCAGAUGAAAUUAGCAUAAUAGAAAAAAAUAUAAAAGAAGAUGAAAUUGAAAAGGGAAGAGAAAAACUAAAAUAUUUACAAGAAGAACAAAAAGAGGAAAUAAAUAGAAAAGGUGAAAAAGAAAGAAAAAAAAAAGAAAAAAAGAUAAAACAUAUGGAAGAGAAUGUAGAAGAAGAAAAGAAAAAGAAUAUUUGUAUGACAUUGAGAAAAAAACCGAAGUGCAAAACUAUGAUAGAAAUACAUAUGCUAAUAAUAGAAGACUGUAAGCAAGAGGAAUGGGAAUCAAAAAGAGAAGAAUUUUUAGAAAUUUGCUUGAAUGAAUGGUUAAAAGAUAAAGGAACAAUUAAAGGUGCAAUAGACAAAGAAGUCAUAAUGAAAGGAGAAGAAGAAAGCAGUAAUGUAGCAUUAAAAAAACAAAAGAUUUUAUCGGAGAAAUGGAUAAAAAGACAAAAAAAAAUGUUGGAAAAAUGGAAAAAGGAAGAAUGGUUUAAUAAUUUGAAGGAAGAAUGGAAAAAGGAGGAACAAAUACAUAUAAAAACAAUAAACAAAAUAGAAGUCAUGGAUAGAGCAAAUGAGAUAGAAAGAGAAAAAGAAUUAUGGAAACAAUGGAUUGAGAAACAAAAAGAAGUAUUUAUGAGAUAUGACAAGGAAAUGUGGUUUAAUAAGCUUCUAGAAGAGUAUGAAAAGGAAGAAGAUCAGUGCAUAAUAAAAGAAAACGAAGAGAACAUAAAAGAAAAAAAAAAAAAUUCGGAUAAGAAGAAAAGAGAAGAAGUAAUAAUAAAGGAAGAAGUAGAUAAGAAAACAAAGAAGAAAACGUUAAUAUCUCAUAUGUGCAUAGAGAUACAUAUGGCAGUAUUAGAUCAGUGUAAGAAAGAAGAAUUAGAGUCUAUGAGAUAUGAUUUUCUUAGAUCAUAUAUAGAGAAAAAUAAAAAAAAUGAAAGAUUAUAUGAACAAGAAACGGGAAAUAAGGAAGUAGAUGAAAUAGAAAAAGAGAGACAAAUGAAUUUUAUUAUAGAAAAGAAGAAAGAACAAUGGGAUUGUUGGAAAAAAGAGGAUUGGUAUCAAGAAUUAAAGUUGAAUUGGAAAGAGGAAAUGAAGCACAUGAUAAAAACAACGGAUAAAAUAAAAGAAGAAAUAAUAAAUCCUAUGUUAAAAACUCAAACAGUUCAGAGAAAGUGGCAAGAAAAACAAAGAAAUAUUUUAAAGAAAUGGAAUAAACAAAAUAAAAUAGAAAGACCAACGAAAAAGAGCGAAGAUGAAGAAGGAAUAGAAGAUAAAAAUAAUUAA